UAUACCGAUGACAAGGUACUAAAGAGGUCAAUGCUUGUUCUAUAUUUUUCAGUGUUUGCCGAUGCUGUGAAUGGCACAAUGUGAGUUGAGCGAAAGAUACGGCUGGCGGCCUUUUCAAAUUUAUGUAAGGCUAUWGUUUAAGUGUUCUGCUAUUAUGUCUAACGUAUUUACUKUCGGUACGAUUGCAUAUUUUUCUUCAAAAAGUCUUCAACCGAACUAUCCAAUCAUGGUGCUACCGCCUGGUGAGUGUAUAAUUGUAUUUAUAGCGGUUUUGAGUUCCCUCAUCCUUAUGGCAUCACCUUAUUAUCACCGUGCUUUUUUUWAUUCUAAAUAGAUCACCCAGAGGUCCACAAGGACAGUUUCCCAAGUACGGCUCCGUUCGGCUUCAAUGCAGCGACAUAUUUUCUCCCCAUGUCRUUCUUAUUAGGUCUCGCUUUCGCCUCCAUCUCAAUUGGAUCCUUGUCGGAUCGAUUCGGACGCAAGCCGUUGAUGUUGGUUUGUCUUUAUGGUAGCGUUUUCCUUACUGGAAUUAUGUAUUACACGAGAAAAAGCUUCUGGGCAUUCUGCGGCGCGUCCUUCGCAAAUGGAUUGGUGUCCGCAACAGUUCCAGUGGCUCUGGCCUACGUGAGUGAUGUCUUCCCGGAACGAGAAAAAAAGGAAAAGGAAAUUGGUUUGGUCAUUGGCAUAAGGUGAGGAAUCUAUCACACUCACGCAAAGAAAAUAUUAUCAUCAGC